CUUGGACUUUGUCCUCCAUCAUUGCAGAGAGUAUAAAUCACUUCAUCGUCCACCCUCGGACACUGCACUGCUCUACAACCAUCUCAUCCUCUCUACAAACGCGCUUGAAUACAUCCAACGUUGCUAAGCACUUGAAUACAUCCAACGCUACCAAGCACUUGCUCACUCACAAGCCUGCCAUGCCAUCCUUCGCAUACCACCACACCCGCUCCCGCUCCCGCAGCCGCGAGCGCACCCUACCUCCCCUCCCGCGGCGCACAUCCUUCAAGCGCCAACGUCUCUUCCCCUCCGACUCCGACGAGGAGUACGACGACUACCCCUACUCGGGCGCACACCGCCCCUCGCGUGCCCUCGUCACGCGCAGCACGCCCUCCCAGCUCGAGCGCUGGAACAUAUGGUCCUCGCCCCAUCGCGAGCAGCGGUGCGACUCUGGCGCCGAAGAAACGAGCCACGAGCGAAGACGCAGACGCGCGUCCUUCGCGGAUCGAGUGAACGAGGAUGGGGAGCGGGAGAUUCGCGUCCGGGUUGCGAGACUGAGGGAGAGGGAGACGAGGCUCAGCCCCCUGCCGGCGAGGUGUCGUGCCGAGUCUGACGAUGAGAGGGUGAGGCCGAGUGUGUGGAGUGCUGAGCUUUUUAGGAGGGAUAGGUGUGUUAGUGAAGAUUAUGAGGCGAGGGAGCGUGCGCGGUCGAGGUCUAGAGAGCGGAGGAGGGAGAAGUUUUGGGAUGGUGAUGAUGAGGAUGAGCUUGUCGAUAGGGAGUUUGAUGGGGAGAGGGUGGUCAGGUAUAGGAGGAUCAAGAGGACGAGGACGGACGAGUGGAGACCGCUGUCUGGUUGGCGGAGGUCGUGAGGGCAAUUCCCUGAAGUGAAUCCUGUCUGUUCCAGAGUAUGACGUUGCGAAUUCUGCUUUGUCCUUCAGAGCGAGCUGGAUUAAAUGGGCGGUAUCUGAUAUUCCUGAUGUCCUUACUCUUUCAAGAGUGGAUGGCGUUACGGCUUUGAGGCGCACAAUACCCAGAAGCAAUCAAAGUAUGUGGUAAUAAUAAGAUUGAAGU